AUGCCAUGUGCACAGAGGAGCUGGCUUGCAAAGCUCUCCGUGGUGGCUCAGCUCCUAAACUUGGGGGCCCUUUGCUAUGGGAGACAACCUCAGCCGGGCCCUGUGCUCUUCCCGGACAGGAGGCAAGAGCAUUUUGUCAAGGCCCUGCCAGAAUACCACGUGGUGGCUCCUGUCCGAGUCGACGCAAGUGGGCACUUUCUAUCUUAUGGCUUGCACCAUCCUGUCACCAGCAGCAGGAGGAAGAGAGAUUUGGAUGGCCCAGAGGACCGGGUGUACUAUAGUAUUUCCCAUGAGGAGAAGGACCUGUUUUUUAACUUGACGGUCAAUCAGGGAUUACUUUCCAAAAGUUACAUCGUGGAGAGGAGAUAUGGGAACCUCUCCCAUGUGAAGAUGGAGGCUUCCUCGGGUCCCCCCUGCCAUCUCAGGGGCACAGUUCUGCAGCAAGGUACCAGGGUUGGGACUGCAGCCCUCAGUGCCUGCCAUGGACUGACUGGAUUUUUCCAUCUGCCACAUGGAGACUUUUUCAUUGAGCCUGUCAAAAAUCAUCUGCUGGCUGAGGGAGUAUACCACCCACAUGUCAUGUACAGGAGGCAGAGGCCGGGCGUCCCAGAGAUGAAGGAGCCAACCUGCGGAUUAAAGGACAGUCUUGGCACCUCCCAGAAGCAAGAGCUACAGCGAGAGAAGUGGGAGAGGAGCAAGCUGCCAGGCAGAAGCCUCUCUCGGCGUUCCAUCAGCAAGGAGAGGUGGGUGGAGACACUGGUGGUGGCCGACACGAAGAUGAUUGAGUACCAUGGGAGCGAGAAUGUGGAGUCCUAUAUCCUCACCAUCAUGAACAUGGUCACCGGGUUGUUCCAUAACCCAAGCAUUGGCAAUGCAAUUCACAUCGUUGUGGUUCGGCUCAUUCUACUUGAGGAAGAAGAGCAAGGAUUGAAAAUAGUUCACCAUGCAGAGAAGACACUGUCCAGCUUCUGUAAGUGGCAGAAGAGCAUCAAUCCCAAGAGUGACCUCAACCCUGCCCAUCAUGACGUGGCCGUCCUUCUCACCAGAAAAGACAUCUGUGCUGGUGUCAAUCGCCCCUGUGAGACUCUGGGUCUGUCCCACCUGUCGGGAAUGUGCCAGCCUCACUGGAGUUGUAACAUCAAUGAAGAUUCUGGACUCCCCUUGGCUUUCACAAUUGCCCAUGAGCUUGGACACAGCUUCGGCAUCCAGCAUGACGGGAAGGAAAAUGACUGUGAGCCUGUGGGCAGGCACCCGUCCAUCAUGUCCCGCCAGCUCCAGUACAAUCCCACCCCACUGACGUGGUCCAAGUGCAGCAAGGAGUACAUCACCCGCUUCCUGGACCGAGGCUGGGGGUUCUGUCUUGAUGACAACCCCAAAAAGAAAGGCUUGAAGUCCAACGUCAUUGCCCCUGGAGUGAUCUAUGAUGUUCACCACCAAUGCCAGCUGCAGUAUGGCCCCAAUGCUACCUUCUGCCAGGAAGUAGAAAAUGUUUGCCAGACACUGUGGUGCUCUGUGAAAGGCUUUUGUCGCUCCAAGCUGGACGCUGCUGCAGACGGGACGCGAUGUGGUGAGAAGAAGUGGUGUAUGGCUGGCAAGUGUAUCACAGUGGGCAAGAAACCAGAGAGUAUUCCCGGAGGCUGGGGCCGCUGGUCACCCUGGUCCCACUGUUCCAGGACCUGUGGAGCUGGAGCCCAGAGUGCAGAGAGGCUCUGCAACAACCCUGAACCAAAGUUUGGAGGGAAGUACUGCACUGGAGAAAGAAAACGCUAUCGCUUGUGCAACAUUCACCCCUGUCGCCCGGAUACACCAACAUUUCGGCAGAUGCAGUGCAGUGAGUUUGACACUGUUCCCUACAAGAAUGAAUUCUACCACUGGUUUCCAGUUUUUAAUCCAGCACGUCCUUGUGAGCUCUACUGCCGACCCAUAGAUGGCCAGUUUUCCGAGAAAAUGCUGGAUGCUGUCACUGAUGGUACCCCUUGCUUUGAAGGCGGCAACAGCAGAAAUGUCUGUAUUAAUGGCAUAUGUAAGAUGGUCGGCUGUGACUAUGAGAUCGAUUCCAACGCCACAGAGGAUCGCUGUGGCGUGUGCCUUGGGGAUGGCUCAGCCUGUCAGACCGUGAAGAAGGUGUUUCAACAGAAAGAAGGAUCAGGUUAUGUUGACAUCGGGCUGAUUCCAAAAGGAGCCAGGGACAUACGGGUAAUGGAGGUUGAGGGAGCUGGAAACUUUCUGGCCAUCAGGAGUGAAGACCCUGAAAAAUAUUACCUCAAUGGAGGAUUUAUUAUCCAGUGGAAUGGGAACUACAAGCUGGCAGGGACCAUCUUUCAAUAUGACAGGAAAGGAGACCUGGAGAAACUGAUGGCCACAGGUCCCACCAAUGAGUCAGUGUGGAUCCAGCUUCUAUUCCAGGUGACUAACCCUGGCAUCAAGUAUGAGUACACAAUCCGGAAAGAUGGCCUUGACAAUGACGUCGAAAAGCUGGUGUAUUUCUGGCAGUAUGGCCGCUGGACAGAGUGCAGUGUAACGUGUGGGAUGGGUAUACGCCGCCAGACUGCCCAUUGCGUGAAGAAGGGUCACGGGAUGGUGAAAGCUACCUUCUGUGACCCAGAAACACAACCCAAUGGGAGACAGAAGAAGUGCCAUGAAAAGGAUUGUCCACCCAGGUGGUGGGCAGGGGAGUGGGAAGCAUGUUCGGCGACAUGUGGGCCCCAUGGAGAGAAGAAGCGAACAGUGCUGUGCAUCCAGACCGUGGGCUCUGAUGAGCAGCAGGCUCUCCCGGCUCAAGACUGCCAGCACCUGCUGAAGCCCAAGACCCUCACAUCCUGCAACAGAGACGUCUUGUGUCCAUCGGACUGGACAGUGGGCAACUGGAGUCAGUGUUCUGUUUCCUGUGGUGGCGGAGUGCGGAUUCGCAGUGUCACGUGUGCCAAGAACCACAAUGAGCCCUGCGAUGUGACAAGGAAACCCAAUAGCCGAGCUCUAUGUGGCCUCCAGCAAUGCCCAUCUAGCCGGAGAAUUCUAAAACCCAACAGAGGCACGAUCUCCAAUGGGAAAAAGCUACCAACAACUGACCCCUUCAAGCCCAUCCCUCCAACUACACCCAGUCCUAGGGUGCUGACUACACCCAGUCCUAGGAUGCUGACUACGCCCACAGUGCCUGAGCCUAUGAGCACAAGUGCUCUGACGAUUAACAGCCCUGGUCCUACCACAGCCUCCAAAGAAGGAGACCUGGAUGGGAAACAGUGGCAGAAUAGUUCAACCCAAACUGAACUGGGCUCCCAUUAUGUCAUUUCCACUGGAAGUACUUCCCAGCCCAUCCUCAAUUCCUGGUCUUUGAGUACCCAGCCAAAUGAAGAGAAUGUUUCCAAUCCAGACACUGGGCCUAUCUCAGAGGGAGACCUUGUAGUCACAACGAUGAGUGGUUCUGAUUUGUCAACUUCCAGCAAUCCUGUGACAUGGCAGGUGACUCCAUUUUAUAUUCCCUUGACCAAAGAGCCAGAAAUGGAGAUUCAUAGUGGCUCAGGGGAAGACCGUGAACAACCUGAGAAUAAAGAUGAGAACAACUCUGUGACAUGGACCCAGAUCAGAGUACCUGGAAGUGAUGCUCCAGUGGAGAAAAGUACAGAAAUGCCACUUGGACCUCCACCAACACCUUAUCUUAGAGGGGCAUCCCUGUGGCCACCCUUCAGCACAGUGUCAGAAGGACUGGUGCCCAGCCAAAGGCCCACCACUCUCAAAAAUGGUGCACCCAGAGCUGAGGGGAUGGUCACUGAAAAGCCAGCUAACACUCCACUCCCUCUAGGAGGAGACCACCAGCCAGCAUACUCAGAAAAGCCAGUAAACCAUCACCCCCGAGAACUUCCAAGCAACAUGAAUCUAACACAGAGUUCCGGACCAGUCCUGACCGAGGAAGAUGCAACAAGUCUGAUUGCUGAAGGUUUUUUGCUGAAUGCCUCGGAUUACAAGCAGCUCUCAACGGGCCGCAGCCCUGUGUACUGGACUGUUGGAAACUGGAGUAAGUGUUCCACCACGUGUGGCCUGGGGGCCUACUGGUGGAGCAUGCAGUGCAGCACCCAAGUGGAUUCCGACUGCACUGCCCUGCAGAGGCCUGACCCUGCUAAGAGGUGCCACCUCCGUCCCUGCGCUGGCUGGAAAGUGGGAAACUGGAGCAAGUGCUCCAGAAACUGCAGCAGGGGCUUCCAGAUCCGGGAGAUUCAGUGUGUGGACAGCCGGGACCACCGCAGCCUGAGGCCAUUUCACUGCCAGUUCCUGGCUGGCCCUCCUCCUCCUCUGAGCAUGAGCUGCAACCUGGAGCCCUGCGAGGAGUGGCAGGUGGAGCCUUGGAGCCAGUGUUCCAGGUCAUGUGGAGGCGGAAUUCAGAAGAGAGGAGUGACUUGUCCAGGAGGCCUGUGUGACUGGACGAAAAGGCCCACAUCCAUUGCGCCCUGCAAUGGGCACCCUUGCUGUCACUGGGCCACUGGGAACUGGGACCUGUGCACUGCAUCCUGUGGAGGUGGCUUUCAGAAGAGGACUGUCCAUUGUGUUGCCUCAGAAAACAAUAAAACUGAAGACCAGGACCGAUGCCUGUGUGAUCACGAACCCAGACCCCCAGAAUUCCAAAAAUGCAACCAGCAGGCCUGCAGGAAGAAUGCUGAUUUACUUUGCACCAAGGACAAGUUAUCAGCCAGUUUCUGCCAGACACUAAAAACCAUGAAGAAAUGUUCUGUGCCCACCGUGAGGGCUCAGUGCUGCCUCUCAUGUUCCCAGACACACAUCGCCCACACCCAAAGGCCAAGAAAGCGACAGCCACUCAAAAACCCCAGAGCACCCUAA